GUUGAUACCGAGUCCCUCUGCUAACGCGGACACACAAAGGAAAGAAAGUGGGAAAAUUUCUCUGUUUUGAGUGUAUUUGUUGAUUGAUUGAUUGUUCGAUCAUCAGAAGGGAAAAUCGAGGAUGAACUCUAUAGAAUCGGUAUUGACGCUAAUCCAAGGACUAUCGAGUAGCUUAACGGAUAUCUCUGCUCUUCACACUUACUUGAAACAAGUAGACGACUCGCUUCACAAUGAGUCCACUCGGUUAUUGCCUUUCCUCGAACAGCUUGACCCCUCCAUACAUUCUCUCGGUUACCUCUAUAUCCUAGAGGCAUCCACUUCGGGGCCAGUUUCUAAAGAGCAAGCUGAAACAUUGGCCUUGAUAUUUGCUAGGUUCAUCACCUCUUGUGUUGCAGAACAGAUUCGUUUGGUGCCUGAUAAGUUAGUAUCUGUUUGUAAGAGGUUCAAAGACCAAGUUAUGAUGCUUGAAGCACCUUUGCGUGGGGUAGCUCCAAUGCUGGCAGCUGUAAGAAAGCUUCAGUCUUCCACUGUACAUUUGACCCCUUUGCACCCAGAGUUCCUUCAACUUUGCUUGUUAUCAAAGUGCUAUAAAGCUGGUCUUUCCAUUUUGGAGGAUGAUAUUUUCGAGGUUGAUCAGCCAAGGGACUUGUUUCUCUAUGGUUAUUAUGGAGGGAUGAUAUGCAUUGGACAAAAACGCUUUAAGAAAGCAUUGGAGCUUUUACACAAUGUUGUGACUGCUCCUAUGUCUUCUAUAAAUGCAAUAGCAGUUGAAGCAUACAAAAAAUACAUACUGGUUUCUCUAAUUCACCAGGGACAGUUUUCUACCAGUCUUCCUAAAUAUGCUUCUACAGCAGCUCAAAGAAAUCUGAAGAACUUUUGUCAGCCUUACAUUGAAUUAGCAAAUAGUUACAGCACUGGAAAAAUUGAAGAAUUAGAGUCGAAUGUCCAGGCAAACAGGGAGAAGUUUGAAAGUGAUAAUAAUUUUGGACUGGUGAAGCAAGUUUUAUCAUCCAUGUAUAAGAGAAACAUCCAGAGAUUGACCCAGACAUAUCUGACUCUCUCCCUCCAAGAUAUAGCCAACACUGUGCAACUCAAUAGCCCAAAAGAAGCUGAAAUGCAUGUGCUCCAAAUGAUCCAAGAUGGUGAAAUAUAUGCGACAAUCAACCAAAAAGAUGGUAUGGUUAGAUUCCAAGAAGAUCCAGAGCAAUAUAAAACCUGUGAGAUGAUUGAGUGUAUUGACUCCUCAAUUCAAAGGAUAAUGGAACUGUCAAAGAAGUUGACUGCAAUGGAUGAACUCAUGUCCUGCGAUCCCUUGUACUUAGCAAAGGCUGGGAGAGAGCGUCAGAGAUUUGACUUUGAUGACUUUGACACAGUUCCCCAGAAAUUCAAUAUAUGAGGAGAGGAAGCUUUAGGAAAAGAAGUGGUAAAUGAUGCUAGGGCUCAUAUUUUGUUUCAGGGCUCCAUGUUCAAGGAAAUGGGAAAAUUUUCUUCCAUAUUUUCCCUAAGAAAAUUAAUACGCGUCACAUCCCCCAUUUUCCUCUCCCCUCCAGACAAAUAUGAUAAGAAGCAAUUAUGGUCAUUAUGUACAUUGCACAAUUUUGAUUUUAGUAGUGUAAAACAGCGAUUUCUCAUUAAGUUGUGCCUGAUGCGUUAAAGUUGUAAACCAGUUGCCUAUUCCUGAGAUUCCAAAUUAGAUUGGUAUUUGUUGAA